UAAUAAUUAAAAAAAAACAUUUAUGUAUAUAUUAUUUAAUUAUCUCUGCUUUGAUCUCUGCUACGCUUUGAAAGCUUAACAUUUCAUCUUCUUCAUUGAGGCUAGGGUUUUUCAAACUUUUAAUUUAGAUUUGAUCCAAAAAAAGCUAUGGUUAGUCCAGUUUCUGAAGGUAAAGGAGCUGUGCCGUGUGAUUUCUGCAAUGAACAAAUAGCGGUUCUUUACUGCCGAGCAGACUCGGCCAAGCUGUGUUUGUUUUGUGACCAGCACGUACACUCAGCGAAUCUGCUCUCUCGUAAGCACGUACGGUCUCAGAUCUGUGAUAAUUGUAGCUCUGAACCGGUUUCGGUUCUGUGUUCGACCGAUAAUUUGGUGCUUUGUCAAGAGUGUGAUUGGGAUGCACACGGUAGUUGUUCCGUGUCGGCGGCGCACGAUCGGACAUUGGUGGAAGGGUUUUCUGGUUGUCCGUCGGCUUUGGAGUUGGCUUCGGUUUGGGGAUUUGAUCUGGAAGAGAAGAAAACGACGGAUCGGAACUGGAACGUGUGUCAUCAGGAUUUGAUGAUGCCGGCGGUGGAAUCGUGGUUGUACGAAACUAGCUUGCAAGAAAUGAUGGUGCCGUACGAGAGUUUUGGUUGUUACGGGGAGACGUUGAAGAAGCAGAAUACCGGAAGCGGGAAGUGUAAACAGGUAAUUUAUAAGCAGCUCGUUGAGUUGAUGAAAAGAGAUCUCAUGUGCGGCGGCGGAGGAGAAGGUGUUGGAGACGGUGGUGGUGGCGGUGGAGGUGAAGAGAAUCUAGCGUCGAACGUCGAACAAAACGGCGGGUUUUUGACUCAACAAGAAGUUUUACAGCCGUUGCCGGAACCGGGAACGGAAACGCAAACGCAAGCUCUAUUCACUUCUUUGCUUAUGAUGCAAACGCAAGAGAGUGAGCGCAUCGUUAAUGGAGGAAAUGUGGUAUUAAACGGUAAUCCGAACAAUCAAACUUCUCAGAUUUGGGAUUUUAAGUUAGGACGAUUGAGGGGUCAAGAAGAAUGUAGCCAAUCUCGAUUAGAAGAAGAAGUUGGGUACGGUGGUGAUGCAGCUUUCGUGAUUAAGAAUUUCAGUCAAUGUAUGAAAGAGACAUCUUUGACUGAUAAUGGUAAUUUGAUGGGUUACCCUCCUUCAAAACACGAUUUGGCUUCACUCAAUAAUAACGACUCGAAUCAUCCAGGGGCAAGUCAGGGACCAUCCACAUCUGAGAGCAACAAUCUACCAAUACCAAAGCCAUCAUCAGGGUCAGCUCUUGGUAAACCCAAAGGCUCUACCGGUUGUAAUGAUGUUCACUUCUCCGAACAACCUUUCCUUGUGAGGCCGGUCGACCACACAACGCUAACUGCAACCAGUAAGGCGGAUCGUGAGUUGCUGGCACAAAACAGAGGCAAUGCCAUGCAACGUUACAAGGAGAAGAAGAAAACAAGAAGGUAUGAUAAACACAUACGAUAUGAAUCGAGGAAGGCUAGAGCGGAUACGAGGAAACGAGUGAAAGGUCGAUUUGUGAAGGCUACUGAAGCUCCUGAUGAUUAAAAAGGCUGUACUACUGAGAGUGAGUGAUCUUUUUUGCUUAGAUUGCUGUAAAUAUUUCCUUUGUUACAUCUAAACCUGUAAUUUUAGCAUUUCUAUAUUCUCUAUUAGUUUGAUGUUAGCUGGUUCCUUCACAUUUAAAAUUUUGCUCUUUCCUUCCUAACGACACAAACAAUGGAAUUUUGAGUUAUGGUAAGGCAAAGGAGGGGUGGAGGAUGAUUGUGAUUA